CAUAACACCUUUUCAACUUGUCCCUCAUAUAAGACGGUCUCUUUUCCUCGACUAUAAUUCUCUCUGGCCUCGACACUCCAUAAUCAAAAGUCAAAACAUACGUUCAAAGUUUGUGUUAUCUUAUGAACUUUGAUUUAUUUUUUAUUUAAUAAAAUGGUUAUAAAAUUGUAUUACGAUUUAAUGUCUCAACCUUCCAGAGUGCUUUAUAUUUUAUUGAAGACAAUUAAAUGUGAAUUUGAACCAAAAUAUGUGAACUUACGAAAAGCUGAACACUAUUCUUAUGAGUUUACAAAUGUUAACCGCAUGCAACGAGUACCAGUUAUUGAUCAUGAUGGCUUUGUAUUAACAGAGAGCAUAGCAAUAAUGAAAUAUUUGUCUCGAGAGAACUUCAUACCAGAUGCAUUGUAUCCGAAAGAUUCAAAGCUGCAGGCCAGGGUUGAGGAGUUCUUGGAGUGGCACCAUGUUGGCUUGAGAUUGCACUGUGCUAUGUACUUCAGAGUAGCAUACAUGAAUCCGAUACUAACAGGAUCAAAGUUAGAUGACAAAACGAUAGAGAACUACAAGCGGCGAAUGCUCACGGCGCUUGAAGACCUGGACACCAAGUGGCUCGGCCGCGGCACGGAGUACAUAGCGGGGGACACCAUCACCGUCGCUGAUCUGGUGGCGGCGUGCGAGUUGGAACAACCGCGUGAGUGCACGUUGCCAAAACCAAAACCAGAAGAGAAGACGGAAAGCUGCGGGGUGAAGUUGAGGAGAUGGUGCAGAAGCCGUCGGUGCCAGUUGUGGAGGCUGCUCCUACUGCCUUUCAUCCCGAUCCUGGCGCUGAUAGUCCAGACCACGCUGUCUUUGAAGAACAGCGUCACCAAUGGCCGGGAUGUCGCGGAUGUUGAGGAACAAGUGACUAAAGAAUGCAAUGGAUUUGUCGUCUCCCAAUAA